UGCUAGCGCAAAUUGGACAGUAAAAGGAUAAUCCCCUUCCUCGACUCGCCGGAACCGGCUCCUUGUAUCAUCAGGUGCAAUGGCGCUCAAAUCUACCACGCCCUUCCCCCUCUUCCCGCCAAGUUUCUCCAUUCCGCACCGCCGUCACGCCGCCCUCACAGAAAUACGUUUCUCUCGAUGGAACAACGCCAAUGCCGAACCCUUUCUUCGUCGCCAACGCCAGCAAAAACAGAUCGAAGACGACAUACGCCGGCACCGCCGCUUCCAAUCUGCAACCAAAAUUGCCGACCCUUCUGAGUCAGACAAAACCACCACCUCCUUCUCGUCGUCUCCACCUCCCGAGUACAAGUCCCUCGGUACCCCUUCCUCUCCUUCAUCCCCUUCUAUCCGAGGCAAAGCCUCCAAAUACUCCAAACCGGAAAACCCUACUUCUUCCCACCCCGCCUUCCGCCGAAUCGCCCGAUCUCCUCGUAAAACUCGUGUUCCGCAGGAAGAGCCCAACAGGGAGAUGGGGAUCUCCGUUUCGGACAUGGGAAUUGCUUACAAGCUCAAGAAUGCGCCCUUCGAGUUCCAGUACAGUUAUACUGAGACACCAAAGGUGAAGCCUUUGGCUUUGCGGGAACCACCGUUUUUGCCUUUUGGGCCGACGACGAUGCCAAGGCCGUGGACAGGGCGGGCGCCGCUGCCUGCUAGCAAGAAGAAGUUGCCGGAGUUUGAUUCGUUUAGGUUGCCUCCUCCAGGGAAGAAAGGGGUGAAGACAGUUCAAGCACCAGGGCCCUAUCUGGCUGGGUCAGGGCCGAAGUAUAUGGCAGCAACGAGGGAAGAGAUACUUGGUGAGCCGCUGAUGAAGGAGGAGGUUAAGGAGCUUAUAAAGAGUUGUUUGAAGAGCAAGAGACAACUUAAUAUGGGAAGGGAUGGUUUGACGCACAACAUGCUGGAUAAUAUACAUGCUCAUUGGAAACGGCGGCGAGUGUGCAAGAUAAAAUGUAAAGGAGUAUGCACCGUCGACAUGGAUAAUGUACACCAACAAUUAGAGGAAAAAACUGGAGGGAAGAUUAUAUAUGGUAGAGGGGGAGUUGUCUACUUGUAUCGUGGUCGUAACUACAACUACAGGACCCGACCUAAAUACCCAUUAAUGCUUUGGAAGCCCAUGACUCCAGUGUACCCUAGAUUGGUUCAGCGUGUUCCCGAGGGAUUAACAUUGGAAGAGGCAACGGAGAUGCGCAAGAAAGGACGCCAAUUGCCUCCAAUAUGCAAGCUUGGAAAGAAUGGCUUAUAUUCUAUUCUUGUUAAAGAUGUCAAAGAGGCUUUUGAGGAAUGUGAGCUGGUCCGGAUCAACUGCAAGGAUAUGAACAAAAGUGACUGCAGGAAGAUAGGUGCCAAGCUCAGGGACCUAGUUCCAUGUGUCUUAGUAUCAUUUGAGUAUGAGCAUAUACUGAUGUGGAGAGGGAAAGAGUGGAAAUCAUCUCUUCCAAUCACUGAUGCUGCAUUUGAUGCUUCUGAUUCAUCAGUAAAUGAUGCGGAAAUGCAGAAGAUACAUGCUUUAGAGGAAGGUGAUAAUAUGAACCUGGUUAAAGAUUUUGACAAGGAGGAUACUAGAGAUACUACCAAGAUGGACAUUGUUGAAGCUUCUGCUGAGACUUUAGAGUCUUCUACAGCAGCUAACCAGGAAUCAUCUUCUUCAAGUUUUGAUGGGAACUUAAGUGAGGAUUCUCAAGUUGUUAGAUCAGGUCCUGAUGAAGACGAGAAUCUUCUUUUAACUCAAAGCAAUGGUAAUGCAUCAUUGCCAUCAUAUACGAAUUUGUCAUGGAUUGGCAUUAAUGGAUCUGAUAUUAGAGAAGACAAUUUUGAGAGUCUCUGUGAGGCUUCCAAUGCCCCCUGGUUGGAAGGGGUCGAGCUUCUUGUCAAGCAAGCUGUGGAGGCUGGAACUGCUUUAGUAUUGGAGGAUGAGUCCUCAGAUGCCGAUAUUGUGCUGUCAAAAUCUGUUGCUCUUGCCAUGAAAGCUCCAUGUGGCCCAAUCUUUAAGCAUCUGUGUAAGAAAACUAAAAAAACUGUAUCCCAGAAGGCCAAGGGAGAAAGGAGUGAGAACAAAGAGGAGGAAUAUAUUGUUGAAACUUUAGCAGUUUCUCAGAGGAAAGGCGAUGAGAAACAGAAAUCUAGGAGUAGGAAAAAGGAUGAGGUAUUUCCGGAUCUGGUUCCACAUGGGAGCUUAGGAGUAGAUGAACUAGCAAAGCUGUUGGCUUAAGUUGAGUCUGCAAAGUCAUCCAUAGAUCGAUUUAAACAAGUUUUUAUCAUUUUCAUAUGGAGGUUUUUGGGGAACAAAGUGGCAUUUGAGCAGGAACCUUUACCUGCUCACAAUUAACCUGAUCCAAUAUCUGAUAAGAUAGAGAUACAGGGUUAUCUAAAGAGGAGAAUUGUGCUAGGAACAUUUAAGGAGCUGCAAUUGAAAAGCCAACAUGUUCAUGAACAUUUCUUAUUAUUUCACCUCAUAUUUUUAAUAUUUUUACAA